CCGCGCUCCUGGCGGCGCCGUCCUCCCGUCUCGGCCAUUUUCCCUCCUCCCCUCCCUUCCCGGUCCUCAUUCCUCGCCCUCCCCCCCCCCCCCCCCCUCAGAGCGCGGGGGACUUUUCCGGAAAGUUUUUAUUUUCCGCCUGGGCUGUUGGAGAAAGAAGCUCCCGGCUCCGCGGCAGCGAAACUUUCCGGCGAUCGCGCCGCCGUCCCCGCCCUCGGCUCCCGGCCCGCGGCCCGAGCCGCCCCGCCGGCGAUGAGCGCCCCUCCGCUGCUGCGGUCGCCCAGCCCGUUGCUGCCCGCGGCGGCGGCGGCGGCGGCGGCUGCAGCGACGGCGGCCGCGCUGGUCCCGGGGUCGGGGCCCGGGCCCGCGCCGUUCCUGGCUCCCGUCGCGGCCCCGGUCGGGGGCAUCUCGUUCCAUCUGCAGAUCGGCCUCAGCCGCGAGCCGGUGCUGCUGCUGCAGGACUCGUCCGGGGACUACAGCCUGGCGCACGUCCGCGAGAUGGCUUGCUCCAUCGUCGACCAGAAGUUCCCUGAAUGUGGUUUCUAUGGAAUGUAUGAUAAGAUCCUGCUAUUUCGCCAUGACCCUACCUCUGAGAACAUCCUGCGGCUGGUGAGAGCGGCUAGUGAUAUCCAGGAAGGUGAUCUUAUUGAAGUUGUCUUGUCAGCUUCUGCCACCUUUGAAGAUUUUCAGAUUCGUCCCCACGCACUCUUUGUUCAUUCCUAUCGAGCACCAGCUUUCUGUGAUCACUGUGGAGAAAUGCUCUGGGGCCUGGUGCGUCAAGGUCUUAAAUGUGAAGGAUGUGGUCUGAAUUACCAUAAGAGGUGUGCAUUUAAAAUCCCCAACAAUUGCAGUGGUGUGAGGAGGAGAAGGCUCUCCAAUGUUUCCCUCACUGGGCUCAGCACCAUUAGAACAGCAUCUGCAGAGCUCUCCAGCAGUGGCCCUGAUGAACCCCUUCUGUCUCCUGUGAGUCCUGGAUUUGAGCAAAAGUCCCCAUCAGAGUCAUUUAUUGGUCGAGAGAAGAGAUCCAAUUCUCAGUCAUACAUCGGACGACCAAUUCAGCUUGACAAGAUUCUGAUGUCUAAAGUUAAGGUGCCGCACACAUUUGUCAUCCACUCCUACACCCGGCCAACUGUGUGCCAGUACUGCAAGAAACUUCUGAAGGGCCUUUUCCGGCAGGGCCUACAAUGCAAAGAUUGCAGGUUCAACUGUCAUAAACGCUGUGCACCAAAAGUACCUAACAACUGCCUUGGAGAAGUGACCAUUAAUGGAGAUUUGCUGAGCCCUGGGGCAGAGUCUGAUGUGGUCAUGGAAGAAGGGAGUGAUGACAAUGACAGUGAAAGGAACAGUGCGCUCAUGGAUGACAUGGAGGAGGCGAUGGUCCAAGAUGCUGAGAUGGUGAUGGCUGAAUGCCAUGAUGGUGGGGAGUUGCAGGAUCCAGACCCAGACCAGGAGGACUCCAACAGGACUAUCAGUCCAUCAACAAGCAACAAUAUUCCACUCAUGAGAGUAGUGCAAUCUGUCAAGCACACAAAGAGGAAAAGCAGCACAGUGAUGAAAGAAGGAUGGAUGGUCCACUACACCAGCAAGGACACACUGCGGAAACGGCACUAUUGGAGAUUGGAUAGCAAAUGUAUUACCCUCUUUCAGAAUGACACGGGAAGCAGGUACUACAAGGAAAUCCCUUUAUCAGAAAUUUUAUCUCUGGAGCCUGCAAAACCUUCAGUUUCAGUUCCUAAUGGGGCCAAUCCUCAUUGCUUUGAAAUCACUACUGCAAAUGUAGUGUACUAUGUUGGAGAACAUGUGGUGACUCCUUCCAGCCCCCCACCAAGUGGCAGUGUCCUUACCAGUGGUAUUGGUGCAGAUGUGGCCAGGAUGUGGGAGAUGGCAAUCCAGCAUGCUCUUAUGCCUGUCAACCCCAAAGGCUCUGCCAAUUCAGGAACCAGUUCACACAGAGAUAUUUCUGUCAGUAUUUCAGUAUCAAACUCCCAGAUUCAAGAAAAUGUGGAUAUCAGCACUGUAUAUCAGAUUUUUCCUGAUGAAGUACUGGGUUCUGGACAAUUUGGAAUUGUUUAUGGAGGAAAACACCGUAAAACAGGAAGAGACGUAGCUAUUAAAAUCAUUGACAAAUUAAGAUUUCCAACCAAACAAGAAAGCCAGCUUCGUAAUGAAGUUGCAAUUUUACAGAACCUUCAUCACCCCGGUGUUGUAAAUUUGGAGUGUAUGUUUGAGACUCCUGAAAGAGUGUUUGUUGUUAUGGAAAAACUCCAUGGAGACAUGCUGGAGAUGAUCUUGUCAAGUGAAAAGGGCAGGUUGCCAGAGCACAUAACAAAAUUUUUAAUUACCCAGAUACUUGUGGCUCUGCGGCAUCUUCACUUUAAAAAUAUAGUUCACUGUGACCUCAAACCAGAAAAUGUGUUACUAGCAUCAGCUGAUCCUUUCCCUCAGGUGAAACUUUGUGAUUUUGGUUUUGCCCGCAUCAUCGGAGAGAAGUCUUUCCGGAGGUCAGUGGUGGGUACUCCCGCUUACUUGGCUCCUGAGGUCCUAAGGAACAAAGGUUAUAAUCGCUCUCUAGACAUGUGGUCUGUUGGGGUCAUCAUCUACGUAAGCCUAAGUGGCACAUUUCCAUUUAAUGAAGAUGAGGACAUACACGACCAAAUCCAGAAUGCAGCCUUCAUGUACCCACCCAACCCCUGGAAGGAAAUCUCUCACGAAGCCAUUGACCUUAUCAACAACUUGCUUCAAGUGAAAAUGCGGAAGCGCUACAGUGUGGAUAAGACUUUGAGUCACCCUUGGCUGCAGGAUUAUCAGACCUGGCUAGAUUUAAGAGAGCUGGAAUGCAAAAUUGGAGAGCGCUAUAUCACUCAUGAAAGCGACGACCUGAGGUGGGAGCAGUAUGCUGGCGAGCAGGGCAUGCAGUACCCGGCACACCUGAUUGAUCCAAGUGCGAGUCACAGUGACAGUCCCGAGACCGAAGAAACAGAGAUGAAAGCCCUCAGCGAGCGUGUCAGCAUCCUCUGAGUUCCAUCCCCUAUAAUCUGUCAAAACACUGUGGAAUUAAUAAAUACAUACGGUCAGGUUUAACAUUUGCCUUGCAGAACUGCCAUUAUUUUCUGUCAGAUGAGAACAAAGCUGUUAAACUGUUAGCACUGUUGAUAUAUCUGAGUUGCCAAGACAAAUCAACAGAAGCAUUUGUAUUUUGUGUGACCAACUGUGUUGUAUUAACAAAAGUUCCCUGAAACACUAAGCUCGUUAUUGUGAAUGAUUCAUGUUGUAUUUAAUGCAUUAAACCUGUCUCCGCUGUGCCUUUGCAAACUGGUGUUUUUCAUACUGGACCUCAAUUUGGUAAGAGUAUGCAGAACCUGUCCGUGAAACAGUUCUGUUCUGUGUGUACCAUUGCUGUUGUCACUGUAAACAAACUCGAAAAAUAGAUCAUUGCCAGUGUUCUGUGAACAACUUCAAACUCAUGUGGAAAGAUCAACUGAUGGGGGCUAGGAUAGAUGAAUUAUAUAAUCCUACAAUACAAAUGCAUGAGAGAGUUUUACUGUACAGUUUUCGAAUCUUUUGCCUGUCUGGUGUGCUUUAGUAUAUUUCAACUCAAGUAAACGAACCUAGGCCCACCUGCUACUCUUAAGCCUAAAUGCCUUAGAAAUGUAAAACGCUAUGUUUCCUCUGUAAUGUGCCCAAUCAGAAGCUAAAAAUUUCACUUUUGUGUAUUUUUCAGUAAUAACAAAUAAAUGGUUUUGUCAAAAUA